AUGCCCAAGAACAAGGGAAAGGGAGGAAAGAACCGCAGACGUGGCAAGAACGAGUCCGACCACGAGAAGCGUGAGCUCACCUUCAAAGAAGAUGGCCAAGAAUACGCCCAGGUCGUAAAGAUGCUCGGUAACGGCCGCCUCGAGGCCCAGUGUUUUGACGGCGUCAAGCGCCUUGCCAACAUCCGCGGCAAGCUCCGCAAGAAGGUCUGGAUCAACCAGGGAGACAUCAUCCUGCUCUCCCUGCGUGAGUAUCAGGACGAUAAGGGCGACGUCAUUCUCAAGUACACCGCCGACGAGGCCCGCUCCCUCAAGGCGUACGGCGAGUUGCCCGAGUCCGCAAAGAUCAACGAGACGGACACGUACGGCGCCGAGGGCGACGGCGACUGCAACUUCGAGUUCGACGACGAUCGCGAUUCCGAGGAGUCCGAGGACGAGGCUGCUGGUGGCGCAGGCGGCAAGAAGGACGUCGACAUUGACGACAUCUAA